GGCCCGUGGCUGCAGAAUGCUGCUGAGAAGAUACAAGGGGUUUUCUCACCCCCUGUUCAUCUCUUAUCUUUCUGUCUGGAGCUCUCCUGGCCACACACAAUCAGGACUGGGGUUGGAGGUCAUGCAGCCAUGAGUAGGCGAAAGGUCUCUGUGAAGGAACUGGGCCAGGUGGACUGUCAUGGAUGGCUUCACAAGAAGAGGGAGGGAAAGGGCUUCCUUGGCAUCAAAUGGAAGAAGUACUGGUUUGUUCUGAAGAAGACCUCUCUUUACUGGUACACCUGUGAGACGGCAGAGAAAGCAGAAGGAUAUAUAAACCUAGCCGAUUUCACAGUUGACCAAGCCAGAGAAUGCAAAAAGAAACAUGCUAUGAAGGCCAGCCACCCGCACAUUGUGACUCUCUUCUUGGCAGCUGAAAGCCUGCGAGACAUGAAUAAGUGGCUGGCUAAACUGUCUAUAGCUUCCACAAUGACAGAGCCUUCAGAGGAAAUCAGUGGAGAGUGCUACAGCGAGGCUAGUGACCAAGAGGAGGAGUCUAUGGAGACGCCCUCUCCUCUCUACUCUGAGCAGCUGACCACAGACUCUGUCAAUGGAGACGUGCCCCAGAAUUGCUGCAUGUCCUCCCCCUGCCCUCCCCCCCUAGCAGCCUCCCCUCCCGCCGCCAUGGUGACCCCGGAGAGCAGCAAAGUGCUUCCCACAAAGCAGACUGAGUCCUGGCUGGAGGUCCAUCCUCCAGGGGGUCCCCCCAGUGGUCCGGCCCCGCGCCUGCUGGUGACACAGGAGGAUGGGGCUCCAGGAGCCCAGGGAGUACAGGAGGAGAACACGUCUGAUGAGAUGAGUAGGUUGUUCAUCCACCUGAGAGAGAUGAGAAUAUCUCCUACCGGCCAGUUCAGACCCUGCUCCCAGCGAGACUUCAGAGUGUCUUUCAUCAGGCGCUGCAAAAACGACAAGAUCAAUGACAAGCUGCAUCUGGUCCGGACCCUCAACAGCACUUUAAAGUCUUUUUGUCUUCAAGGCAAAAGAAGUGGAUCUGUUGAGCAUCCAACAGGUGCUGGAAGACCCUACUCUCACUGCUCUCUCAUAUCGCUCCUGGAAGGUCUGCAACACACUCUUGAUGCAGGAGAUCAUUAAAUGCCAGAGUCCUCCAGAGGGCAGUAGAGAGCUUCCUGUCAGGGCUCACAGUGAGGUCUGUGUGGACCAGACCGCUGUGACAACAGACAAGAAAGGUGUCUGAAGGCUUUAGGAGGAAACAACAGAGACUGUUAUAAUUCAAUAUUGUACUCGAGGACAACAUUAUAUCGCUCAUUUGAGUGGAGUAGUUCCUAAAAUGUGUGUGUCUUUUGUCAAAUUGUUUACAGUUACAUGCAGAUGUGUUAGCUUCUAUAACAAUGAUUUAAUAGCAUUUUCGUUUACUCAUGUUUUUGUUUGCUUGUGCAAUAUUUGUAUGGGUGACGUGGAGUAAAAGAUGUCUUACUGAAAAGCAUUUCAUCUCAUGGUACAUUCAUUAUAUUUCCCUGGUUUUGCACAGGGAAUAGUGUUUUGUUUUGUUUUUUAAUCACACUUUUGUUUGUUGUUUGCCAAAAGGGUUAGGUUAGAGUGAGCAUGCUGUCAUAACUGUAAUUACAUUCAUGUCACAUGACUGGGUCUUGAAUGCAAUACACUGGCAUUAUGCUGUCAUGAGAUGAUUAACGAUAAUGUCUUAAUGGUUUUAAUGGUAAUGUUUUUUUUGACUGUUAAUUAUAACUCAUAGUUUUUCAAUAAUUAGUCAUUAAUAUAACUUUUCAUAUCGAAAUACUGCCAAUAAAUGCUUGAGC